AUGUCUGAUAUGUUGUUAUACACGGCAAGGGUUGGCCACAUGUUUCGCGUUCAUGGCCAGAUACCCCUCAACGACCUCUUUGUUGAAGAACGAACCGACAACCCAACACAAUAUUCUUUUUCAAUCUAUUCAAAUAACAGGGUAAUCACAAUUGCGGCGAACAGUCAGGAGGAAAAAGAUAAAUGGAUGGAAGACAUCGCAGAAAGCGUUCAAGCGUACAAAGGAGAACGAGCAAACAUCGAGCCACCAAAUAUUUAUUUGAGUUUGAAAUCAUGCAGUUCCUCAGAUGACAUGAUGAGCAACAACGGUGACUGCAACGGCGCGCUGUCAGAAAUCAACGGUGGCAAAGCGCCAGGCGCCGCGCAAAGGAACAACACAACCGUUCACGUUUGCUGGCAUAGGAACACUAGCAUUGGCAUGGCUGACCAUCUAAGGGCCACCGAGAACCAAUUAAGCGGUUUUCUGUUGCGCAAGUUCAAAAACAGCAACGGCUGGCAAAAGCUAUGGGUCGUGUUCACCAAUUUCUGCCUGUUCUUCUACAAGUCGUUCCAAGAUGACUUGCCGUUGGCCAGUCUGCCUCUGCUCGGUUACAGCGUUUCAAAACCCAACGAAGAGGAUUCCAUCGAAAAAGACUUUGUUUUCAAGUUGCAAUUCAAGAAUCACGUCUACUUUUUCAGAGCCGAAAGCGAAUACACGUUUGGCAGAUGGAUGGGCGUGAUCAGUAGCGCCACACAACAUUCUGGUCGCAUGAGACUGUUCAGCCGCAAAGAUAGUGAAAAUAAUUACUCGGACAUUAUUUAG